CAUUGCAACGGUUAAUUUUUUCAAUUGUCCGGGAUUCUGCAAAUUGGUGUUGUAUUAUAAUAUAACCAAUGGUAUUUGUGUUGUAAAAAUGGAUUCAAGUGGGUUCCUUAAAGUUAAAAAUGAUAUAAAGAAUAAAUUACUUCAGCAAGGGCCGUUGGAGCACUGCGAAAGUGAACGCAAACAAGUUUUCAAUUUAUUACAAAGAACUAUUGAGGAUGGAGAAUCGAAUUCAGCUCUCCUGAUAGGACCCAGAGGCUCUGGUAAAACAACUUUAGUUAAUGAUGCUUUAGAAGAAUUGUGUUCAGAUAAGAAUUUUGCAUCAAAAGCAGUUCUUGUACAUUUGCAUGGACUGAUACAUACAGAUGAUAGGCUAGCAUUGAUUGCAGCUACAAAACAGAUGAAUCUGGAUAAUGCAGUAGAUGGAAAGGUGUUUGGUAGCUUUGCAGAAAAUCUGGCAUUCCUCUUAGCUUGUUUGCGGACUGGCAACAAGAAAACUUCAAAGAGUGUACUUUUUAUCAUAGAAGAUUUUGAUUUAUUUUGUUCACACCACAAUCAAACACUCUUAUACAAUUUAUUUGAUAUAUCUCAAUCUGCUCAAGCCCCUAUUUGUGUAUUGGGAAUUACUUGUCGGCUGGAUGUAAUUGAGCUGCUUGAGAAGAGAGUGAAAUCAAGGUUCUCUCAUAGACAAUAUUUUUUGUAUGCUGGUGGUGAAAAUGCAGAAGUUGAUGGUUUGAACUUAAGAAUGGAGAAAAUAAGAAAUCUGUUAACUAUAAAUAAUAAUAAAAGUAAUAUAGUUAAUAAUUGGAAUAAAUCUGUCAGCAAAUUAUGUUCAGAUAAGAAAUUUAGAACAUUGAAUCAAAGAUUGAUGGACAUUGAUCUCAAUGAGAGAACUCUAAAAAACGUUCUGCUCACACUGGUAUCAAAAUUAAAAGAGAAAUCUUUGGAAUUAAAAAUCGAAGAUUUUGAGACUGAACUAAAUGAAUUUGAAGCUGAUGAAGUUAUUGAGCAGCUGCAUGAUCUGAGUGUAUUAGAGCUUUGCUUAUUGAUUUCAAUGAAACAUCACAUACAGAUUUACGAUAAUCAACCAAUGAAUUUUGAGAUGGUUUACACGAGGUUCGUCAAAUUUGCAAACGCUUCUUCACAUAUUCAAAACGUGCAGAGGCCAGUAGUAAUGAAAGCUUUUGAGCACAUUAAGCAUAUGGAAUUGAUUCAAAAUAUUACAGGAGGCAGUGGAAGAUUACAAAAGGAGUAUCAAAUGUUCAAGUUGUUGGUCACUUCAGAUCAAAUUAUGGAGUCUGUAAAAGGCUGGCAGGGCUUACCAACUGAAGUUUCUCAAUGGGCAAUUAGUUCUUUGAUAUAAAUGUAAUAAAAUUGAAAUAAUAUUGUUGUUUACUUUUAUAUACAGAAAUUUGAUUAAAAAAAUCUUAGUCUGAAAUUCUGUGCUUUAUACUAAUUUGAAAGUAUAUCUACUUGCAAAAGCAUCUUUGUUACAAAUAACCUUUAUACUUGUUAUUCUUUGAUUGGAAUAAGUCCGUUUUAUUUAUGAUAAAUAUAGCACAGAAUCUGAAUUAUAAUCGCUUUAGACUUUAACCUCUAGCAUAGAAAAAUAAAUAUUGAAAUAAAAGUUGUUUAAAUUUAAUCAUUUAUAGAAAAGGUAUCUAAAUAAC